AUGUAAAAUAAUAAAGCAAUCGAGAUAUAUUUAAGAGUUCGUCCAACAAAAAAAACAUACCAAGGAAUAAGUAAAAUAAAAUAAAUAAAUAAGUUAAUAAUAAAAAAUAUAGAUACCUUCGAAGAGGAUAAUAAAAUUGACUUUAAAAUCCUUAAAGACAUCUAAUAAGGUUACGUAAACAAUAGUAAAGAAACAUAUUCAUUUGCUUUUGAUAAAUUAUUGAAUUAAAAAUCUUCUUAAGAAAAGGUCUUCAAAAGCAUUGCCCAAGAAGUAUGCGAUUCUGCAUUACAAGGAUUUAAUGGAACUAUAUUUGCUUAUGGUCAAACUGGUUCUGGUAAAACUUUUACAAUGACCGGAGGGCCUGAUAGUUAUGAAGAUCGAGGUAUAAUCCCUCGAACAUUGAGUUAUAUUUUCUAAUAAACUAAAAAGUUAGAUAACUAUUUUUUCCAAAUAUCAAUUUCAUAUAUAGAAAUAUACAAUAAUUAAGGCUAUGACCUCCUAGACGAAAAUCACUCCGCAAAAAAAAUUGAAGAUUUAAAAGCCGUAAUUCCCCGUGAAACUGAAAAUGAGGAAAUUAUAUUAAGCGGUUUAUCAAUACAUAAAGCAAUUAAUGAAGAAGAUGCCUUAAAUUUAUUAUAUAUAGGUGAUGUAAACCGUGCGGUUUGCGAAACUCCAAAAAAUGAUGUUUCGACUAGGUCACAUUGUAUUUUUACGAUAAUGAUAGAAAGUAGAAAAACUGAUUCGGAUGUAAAAACUAUGAGUAGAAUUCAUUUGGUGGAUCUUUCCGGUUCUGAAAGAAUUAAAAAUACAGGAAUAGAAGGAAAAUUGGAAAAAGAGGCAAGAAAUAUAAAUUUAAGCUUGCAUUUUUUAGAACAUGUUAUAGUAUGUUUAAAUAAAAGGGCGUAAGGAGAAAAUAUUCAUGUCCCCUAUAGAAAUUCGCUAAUGACGCUUAUUUUAAGAGACUCUUUAGGAGGAAAUUGUAAAACGAAAAUGAUUUCUACUAUAAGUGCCGAAGAACCAGAUAUUUUAGAAAGUAUUUCGACUUGCAAAUUUGCGUAAAGGGUUGCUUUGGUAAAAAAUUAUGUAGUUAAAAAUGAGGCAGUAGAUCCUGCAGUUAUUAUUGAAAGACUGAAAAGGGAAAAUGCAUAACUAAAGGCAGAAAUUAAUUUGUUAAAAGGAGAAAAUGUUAAAGAUAAAUUAGAUGCAGAUGAUAUAGAUAUUUGUAGAUAAAAAGUUGAAGAAUAUAUUAAUCAUUCAGAUCCUUCCUUUUAACUCGUUUUAAGUGACAGAUUAUUUAUUAAUGAAUGUUUUUAUUAAAUGAAACAUAAAAUAAAUAAUUAGUUAAAGUAAAAUAAUAAUCCUUAAAAUUAAAUUAUUAAUAAACAAAGCGGUUUAAAUGAAAAUGCUUAAAAUACACUAAAAAAUGUCCAAUAUAAUCAUUUAGAGGAAGAAAUUAAAAAACUUAAGUUACUUGUUUAAUAAAGAGAUAAUGAAAUAAUGAUUCUUUUAAAUUUAGUUAAUAAAAACAAAGGAGCAAGUAUUAGUGUACCCGUAUAUAGAGAAAACAACGAAAUUAAUUUAAAUGAAAAUUCUUUAAUAAGAUAAAAUUCUCCAAAAAAAAUCGAUUUUCCUUAAUUUGAAUAAUUAUAAUAAAGCAUAAUAGGAAAUUAAUAAAAGUAUUAAAAAAAUGUAUAACCCAAUAAUUUAGAAUCAAAAACAAAAGAAAAUAUAUAAGAUGUCAAUACUUUUCAUACUUAAUCUAUUUUAACAUAAGCUAGAUAAUCACUUUUGUAAAAUAAUGAAGUAAAUGAAAUGCUUUUAGCACCUUUAAAUCUCACUAACGAAUAGUUAAUGGAUAGGGCUAAUUGUUUUGAAAUUUUUAGAAAAAGUUAUAGAAAAAAUUAAGUUAUGGAAGAAAAUAAAAAUGUUUUGAAAGAAAAAUUCGAAAAAGCGAGAUAAUUAGGAUAAUAAGUUAAUAAUGCAAGAAGUAAAAUUGAUUAGAUGAAAAACAUUAUUGAAGAUUUAAGAAAAGAAAGAGCCCUAAAAGGACUUCUAGAAGGAGAAAAUGAAGAUUAUAAACAUCCUGAAGAGGUUAAUUUAUUAAAUAAUAUUGAAGAAUAAAAAAAGAUAUAUAAAGAAAACUUUAAUUAUUUGAAAGAUAUUAAAGCUGAAAUCGAAAAUAUAUAAAAAUUACUAUAAAGAAAUAAAGACAAAAUGUAAUAAGAUUUUGAAAAGUGGCUUUAAGUUAUGACUUAAUAAAGAUAAUAAAUGACUUUGAAAAAUCAAAGUAUUACAAGUAAUAUUUUAACUAAUAUAAAUAAUAACACUACUACUAUUAAUAAUAAUAAUACUAGUGCUAAUACUAGUAUGAUUUAGGUAAGUAAAAUUAAUGAUAAAGAAGUAGAAAAAAAACUUUAAGCUUUUUAUAAAGCUAGAGAUGAAAUAUAUAGAAACUGA